CAAAGAGCAAAGCUCGCCAACACCGCUCCCGGAUCGUGUGUGUGAUCAGAGAAGAGCGGAGGAGCUUCCAGCCUGCCGGGGAGAGGGACACAGCCUGCCGGGGAGAAGAGCCUGCAAAGUGUGCUGCUGAGAGCUCGGAGUACUGCGGGGACCUCCGGGACUACAAAGUAAGGAGAGCCAAGUUGGAGGAGGGGAGCGGCCGCCCAGGGACUAUCGAUGGGCUCCGCCGUGCAGAGAAGGGCGAUGCAGGGGGAUGUGAGUAUUCCGGGCACUCCGCGCUGUUAGCCUACCGGGCUCGGGACGCUGUCCAUGGUACUGGCCGGCAGCCAGCCUACGCAGGCGCACUGUGUCCGGUGCCUGCAGGUCCCUGUGUGCAGCCCUGCCACAGUCUCCGCACCCGCCGCCCGAGGAGCGUUACCAUGAACUGCCUCAUCCCUCCCAGGAAGACUCAUCCGCUCACCUCCAACCUCCGCAGCAGCACCGCCGCCCAGCCCAGGAGCUUCCCAAGCGCAGGAUGCCGGGGGGAAAACGGGGCUUGGUGGCACCGCAGAAUACGUUUUUGGAGAACAUCGUCCGGCGUUCUAGUGAAUCAAGUUUCUUACUGGGGAAUGCACAGAUUGUGGACUGGCCUGUAGUAUAUAGUAAUGACGGUUUCUGUAAACUGUCUGGAUUCCACAGAGCUGACAUCAUGCAGAAGAGUAGUACAUGCAGUUUUAUGUAUGGCGAAUUGACGGACAAGAAGACAAUUGAAAAAGUUAGGCAGACGUUUGAUAACUACGAGUCAAAUUGCUUUGAAGUCCUCUUGUACAAGAAGAGCAGAACUCCCGUUUGGUUUUAUAUGCAAAUUGCACCAAUAAGGAAUGAGCACAACAAGGUUGUGUUAUUUCUUUGUACUUUCAAAGAUAUAACCUUGUUCAAACAACCAAUUGAGGAUGAAUCAACGAGAGGAUGGUCAAAAUUUGCCCGUUUAACUCGAGCUUUAACAAACAGCCGCAGUGUUCUACAGCAGCUGACUCCUAUAAACAAAACAGAAGUGGUCCACAAACAUUCCAGAUUAGCAGAGGUUUUGCAGCUGGGCUCCGAUAUCCUUCCUCAGUACAAGCAAGAAGCACCAAAAACCCCACCACACAUUAUAUUACAUUACUGUGCAUUCAAGACCACCUGGGACUGGGUAAUCCUCAUUUUAACUUUUUACACAGCAAUCAUGGUACCCUACAACGUCUCCUUCAAAACGAAACAAAACAACAUUGCUUGGCUUGUGUUGGACAGCGUGGUGGAUGUUAUUUUCCUUGUGGACAUUGUUUUGAACUUCCAUACAACUUUUGUUGGCCCAGGGGGAGAGGUCAUUUCAGACCCCAAACUAAUAAGAAUGAACUAUUUGAAGACAUGGUUUGUAAUAGACCUGCUGUCUUGUUUACCCUAUGAUAUCAUCAAUGCCUUUGAAAAUGUGGACGAGGGUAUCAGCAGUCUUUUCAGCUCCCUGAAGGUAGUACGGCUCCUGCGGUUGGGCCGUGUUGCCAGAAAGUUGGACCAUUACCUGGAAUAUGGUGCUGCAGUGCUGGUUCUCCUGGUCUGCGUGUUUGGUCUUGUUGCUCACUGGUUAGCUUGCAUCUGGUUCAGCAUUGGGGACUAUGAGGUCAUUGAUGAAGCGACCAACACAAUCAAGAAUGCAAGCUGGCUUUACCAGUUAGGAAUGAGCAUUGGUACUCCGUAUCGCUAUAAUGCCAGUGGCUCAGGGCGGUGGGAAGGUGGACCCAGCAAGGACUCUUUGUACAUAUCCUCUCUAUACUUUACCAUGACAAGCCUUACAACUAUUGGAUUUGGAAACAUUGCUCCAACAACCGAUGGAGAGAAGAUUUUUUCAGUUGCGAUGAUGAUGGUUGGCUCACUUCUAUAUGCAACUAUUUUUGGAAACGUGACCACCAUUUUCCAGCAGAUGUAUGCCAACACUAACCGCUACCAUGAGGUGCUGAACAAUGUGCGUGACUUCCUGAAGCUUUAUCAGGUCCCAAAAGGCCUCAGCGAAAGGGUCAUGGAUUAUAUCGUAUCAACAUGGUCCAUGUCAAAGGGCAUUGACACAGAAAAGGUUCUUGGAAUAUGUCCAAAGGACAUGAGAGCGGACAUCUGUGUGCACCUGAAUAGGAAAGUGUUCAAUGAGCACCCUGCUUUUCGUCUGGCCAGUGACGGCUGUCUGCGAUCCUUGGCGGUGGAGUUUCAAACAAUCCAUUGUGCUCCCGGAGACCUUAUCUACCAUGCCGGCGAAAGUGUUGAUGCUCUGUGCUUUGUGGUGUCGGGAUCGCUGGAAGUCAUCCAGGAUGAAGAGGUGGUGGCCAUCCUGGGUAAAGGUGAUGUGUUCGGGGAUGUGUUCUGGAAAGAGACCACUCUUGCUCAUGCUUGCGCCAAUGUCCGUGCACUGACGUAUUGUGAUCUACACAUCAUUAAACGGGAAGCUUUGUUAAAAGUUCUGGACUUCUAUACAGCAUUUGCUAGUUCUUUCUCCAGGAACCUUACACUGACCUGUAACUUGAGGAAGCGGAUUGUGUUCCGAAAAAUCAGCGAUGUCAAGAAAGAAGAAGAGGAGCGGCAGCGGCAGAAAAAUGAAGUGACCCUCACUAUCCCCGUAGACCACCCGGUACGGAAGCUCUUUCAGAAAUUCAAACAGCAGAAAGAGCUACGAAAUCAGGGCUCGGCGCACACUGACCUGGAAAGGAACAAGCUCCAAAUCGAGAAUCGUUCCACAAUGCACAAUGGAGCUGUCAUUACUGGCACCAGUGUUGUAACAGUGUCUCAGAUAACGCCCAUUCAGACGUCUCUUUCUUACGUUAGAACCAGCGAGUCUUUGAAGCAGAACAACAUGGAUGCGAUAGAGUUGAAGCCGAAUGGCGGCAGUGACCCAAAUUGUCUUAAAGUUACUAGCCCCAUGCACGUCAAAAACGCUAAUGCAAAGGGUUGGCUAAGAUUAAAAAAUAACAUGCAGGUCCAUGAGGAGAAAAAGGAGGACUGGAAUAACGUCACAAAGGCAGAAUCCAUGGGCUUACUGUCAGAUGACCCAAAAUGCAUUGACCCUGAGAGUGGGGUUUCUAAAAAUCCCUUGAGGAAAACAGACUCAUGCGAUAGUGGUAUAACAAAAAGUGAUCUUCGGUUGGACAAAGCAGGGGAAACGCGUAGCCCGCUUGAGCACAGCCCGAUUCAAGCUGAUGCAAAGCACCCUUUUUAUCCUAUUCCUGAACAGGCCUUACAGACCACUCUGCAAGAAGUCAAACAUGAGCUUAAGGAUGACAUUCAGCAGUUAAGCUCUCGCAUGUCUGCCCUUGAACAGCAGGUGGCAGAAAUUCUAAAACUACUAUCGGAAAAGAAAACACCCCUGACACCCCCCAAAUCUCCAUCCAGUCCCCUUCAGAUACCAUGUCAGGAUAUUUUUAGCGUUUCCAGGCCGGUAACCCCGGAUUCUGAAAAGGACGAGAUACAUGUAUAACGUAUAAUGUACAUGAGUGUGAAUGGGUGUAUGGGUGCAUAGACGCACAUGUCCAGUAGGCAAAUAUACGGAUAUAUGCAGUCAGAAAUACAUUUUAAAAUGCAUUGUUCACUCUAAGCUGACUGAACUGGAAUGACCAUGGUAAACAUGGAUCUUUAAUCCAUUCUGUAGGGUUGCACUGGAUAAUGGUUUCUCUUUGAAGUCAUUUUAUUGUGAUAAAAAGGCCUCAUACUAUUAAAGUAGAUUUGGGUUAUGGGUUAAUGAUCACCUGUUGGAUGAAGUACUUACUGCUAGAACCCAUGAGGAAGACAGUCUAUUCUUCUGGUCAGCCAUAUAGAUGGUCAGAAUUGUGGUCAGAUUUUAGCACGGACUUCAAUACCCAUAGAUAAAAAAAUAAAAACAGGUAUUGAGGGGCAGGUAAUUGAUGAAACUACUGCAUCACAAUGAAAACUUUGUAAUUCAGGCAACCAGCUAAAUACCCCCCUUUAAUAUUCCAACGUGAGCAUAAAGUCAACACAGGAAGCUGUAAAAGCUGAACCACAGCCUCUCAAGAAAGUAAUAAGACUCCCCGCAGUAUACCUGCACAGUGAAUCUACUAGUUCGAGGGUCAGACUCGUGUGCUAACCUGAAGAUGACGAUUGAGCAUAUUGCUUAUUUUAUAAGGCAGGACUCCAUCUUCCCUGUCCCAGACUUGUACAUGAACCCAGUUUUUAUAAAGCUAUACAGACCAUUGGAAGGCCAGGGAAUAGGCUGUUUUUUAUAUCAUGAGUGUCCAGCAUCCUUUUGAGCUUUAUACUGCAAAAGGCUUGAAGUGCAUUUAUCUUUAAACAUAACUUCAUUUAACAGGUGUCCUAACCAGUCUACAUGAAGCUAAAAGGUUUGGGCUAGCAUUCCUAUUUACAAGUAAUAAUAUCCCAUUCCAGAGUUCAUGAUUUAGGGUAGGCAUGCUGCGUCUCUCCAACAACUGAUCACCACUAUUCCAUGACAACAAUGGAUUUUUGGGACCUGUGGUUCCUGAGAAACUGGAGAGAUAUGAGUAGCACCCAUCUCAUGGCUUAGAGGGAACAUUGCUUCAGCAUAACUUGAAUAUAUUAUUUUAUCAAUUUUCAAUGUGUAAAUAUUGCAUGUCCAGCUGGAUACUGGCCUGCCAAAGAUAAAACUCCUUACUCUAGAUAUUGCUUGUAAAAUAUGCAGUUGACUGCAUGCGUUCUUUACAUUAAUUUAUAAUCUUAAUUACACUAUUUAUAUGAUAAAAAGGCAAUGUUAUAUUUAACUAUCAGGGUCCAUCCUGCCAAUAUUGCUAGGAAAAGUCACAUACAUCAGGCUUGUAACAGGGAACAUAUCUUUUUAGAACUUUUCAAUAAUAAGCUCAUAAUAAACUUAAGUAGAUAAUUGAGGAGUUAAAUAAGUAUUCCACUAGUAGAGACUGCUUAAGACCCCUCCAUGUAGGUCCCUCCCCUCGAGUUACCCACUUUUUCUGUUGACAUGACAGUAGUGUUUUAGGUAGAACCUGGAUAGUGGUUGAGCUAUAUCAGUGAUAUAUUUCCACCUUGUUGUUUUGGAGCAGGAUACUAUAUGGAGGAGUCUUUAGCCACUUUAGACAUAAGACCUUAGAACAAGCGUGUAGGUUAAAGGAUGAAUAUGUAUUAACUUAGUUUAUUGUGGAGGAACAAUGUUUAUAGCAAACUUUUCCCAUUGUUCCUUACCUCCAUUUCAGUUAAAACUCUAGUCUAAUGUGAGUGGCUACAAGCAUCAGACCGGUGGGGAUGGUCUAAAAUGGCUAAUUAAAUUUCAGGUUCAUCAAAACAAGGUAUGCAAAGUUUUACACCCCAUUCACAAUUGUGUGACCUGUCAUAUGACUUUGUACAUCAAAGUAGCAUGAUCAGUUGUACCCCAUGCUUUUGAAUGAUAACCAUUCAUACAUGUGCAACUUAAAGUCAUAUCAACUUCAGAGUAGUUCAUGCACUACUUUGGUCUAACUGUCUUGCAACUUGAGGGCCAUAGACUUCAAUGUUAACCCUCAAAAGUUGCAUCAAAGUCAUACCUUAAUGUUUUACAUGCAACAGUGUGUCUGACUUUGCAGAGGGAAAACAAGUCACAUCCAAAGUUGCAUCAAAUUUAUAGUGCAUAGAUUAAGUGCAGCGCAAUAAGGAAUAAAUAUAAACUUCACACUCAUUAAACGAGAUACACUCUACAAAACUAGUGACCAGAGUGCAAUCAUAAAAAUAUGAACAAAAAUCUAAAUAAAUCAGAAAGUCCCAUACACAUAACUACGCCGCUGUGUAAUGAAUAUGUGACAGUUCAUAUAUCUUCGCAGUGUUUCAGGUGACCCACCACCUCCAGAUAAAUUGCCUGCUCACCUCCAAUACCAGACCUCACUACAGAGUCACAGUCACCUCUGACCAACUCCUCCUAUGAAAGGUACAGCAACACUCUUCUUCCUCCCAUCUCAGCUUAUAGCUACUGCCCUUCUCUCCUUGAUCCUCGGUCAUCAGCGUAGCAUAGAAUUUAAAAACGGAAAGACCAUAGUGUUCUCUAUUUCCAAACAUUUAUUGGAAAAACAUGAGGGAAUUAAAAAACAUGAGGGAUAUACAAACAAGCGUUUAGUAUUAUCAGCUCACCAUGCUGACACUAAUAGUUGCUGUGUGACAUCAAGGGCUUCAGCUCCUCCCACCACUAGCAGGCAAUUGGUGAAUAAUCGACCAUUGAGGAGUAUGGGUAUGUCAACAUUGUUACUUCCAGACUCCUAUGCACAGAAGAAUAUGAUGAUUAGGUGUAAGGCUAUUUAAUUUAUUGGAAAAGCCCAAUCAGAAGGUGUAAUGCAUAUGGGUGGGAGGAGCUGAAGCCCUUGACACCAC